AUGAACUCUUAUUUGCGCAUUGUCAUCGCAUUGCUGCUAGCGAUUUUCGGGACAAUUGGAAUGUCCGCAGGCCUGGAUGCAUGCUUUAACCGCCCCACGCCGUUGGUCGCACUUACCAAAGAAGGGAAUCGCUGCAUUGCAGAGGACACCCUGGCUGGGGACUGCUUAAACCUCUUUACGUGCGAGCACACGCGCACACCCCGCUCGAACCACACCCCGCCCGGAUACACAAAGCUCUGGUCCAACUUUGUAAGGGGCGUCUACCCGAAGGACCAUCUUGCUACAGACGAAUACAUCAACCUCGGCGAACUGCAGGGCACUAAAAAGACAGUAGGCCUGUCCUCAAAAGACGAGAUACACAACUCUGCGCACAGCUACUUUCUGUUUCUAAACCUUCUAGACAGCAAACGCAGCAAAACGCAUGAAGAGUGCAGCGCAUUCGCAGCCACAUUCCUGCACUACGAGGCCGAAAAGUGUAUAGGCGAGCAAGAGAAGUGCUACACCCUCAAACAAAGCAUAAAAACACUCACCGACAGCUGCGUCUCAAAGUCCAGGAAGGAGAACGACGAUCUGCGCAAAGAAAUCGCAAUGGCUCCUAUAAUUGCAUACAAGUUUGCCCGCGGGGCCCUCAUCAGAAGCAUGCACCUAACACACAAAAAAUUCCAGCAAGUGCACCACAUCCUGGACUUCGCCUGCCUCGAGCCAGACAUCCGCCACAGAGUCGCUGCCUCCCACCUCAGAGCAGAAAUAUACGCGCUGCUAGACGAGUUCAGAUUUGUCGAUGACGUUACAGCGGCGGCACGCGCUUCUUUCCGCAACAUAGAGGAAGCAAUGCAGGAAGAAGACGGCCUGCAUAUGCUCGAAUGCAAUGGCGGCAAUUUUACCUUCCCAGCCCUCUCUCUUGUGGACCGCAUAAAAAACAAUGAGGUCAUGCACUUUCACGCCUCCUCAGAGCACCCGAAUCACAAAAAGCCAGAGAACUUGCUGAAAACCUUCAUGGAACGGCAAACCGCGCCGACCAUCAAAGAGACCUGGGAAAACCCAACAUCGAUGCACGCGGACCUGCAAUACAUGGAAGCGCUGUUUAAAAUGGCAAGGCAUUACUUGGAGACGAGCGAGAUAUGCUUGAAGCCAACAGAGGAAGGCCUCGCCCUACUAGAGGUAAGCGACGCCAAGCUUCUUUUAAAGCCUAUCGCUGAUGUUUUGGCGAAACGCAUGCUUAAAAAAAAAGAAUGCUACAAUAUAUAUGUGGAAAAGGUAAAUGCCAUGCAGGGGAACAUCAAGGGAACAAAUGCCCAAUGCGCGAGUGGAAUAGAGAAAGAAGUUAUUGCGGAAAGGAUCACAGCCCUGAAGCUGCACGCCCCCGCUUUUAGAACCACUCCCACAACUACCUUUACAAGCACAGGCACCCCCACAACCACCAUUACAAGCACAGGCAGCCCCACAACUACCUUUACUAGCACAGACACUCCCACAACCACCAUUACAAGCACAGGCACAACCAAAAACGCCUCUGCAGACACGCCCACAGACACUUCCAUACACCUCGAAAGGCACCCACGCACGGGCGAACACCUCAAUGCAGCCAUAAGCUCAGCAGCCAACCCAAACUCCGCCGCUGCGCUCCCACUCCCCUGCGCUGCCCUCUCCGCAAUGCUCGUCUACUACAAGAUAAUGUCGCUUGCAGAAAAAUAA